AUGGUUGGCGACAAUGAGCUUCUGUUUCCAGAGUUUAAACAUUCACUAGGGCGCUGCUUGCAAGUAAGCGUACAGUGUGGCGAAAAGGAGUUGAGCAUAAGCAUCAGCUGUCUGAACGGACGUAUAGUUCAGUCCUACACGCCUAAGAUAUACUCAGCUUUAACAUACAUCAGUUAUGAGUUUACAACGACAAAGAAUGGGCACCAGUCAUUUGAGCUUUUUGUAUGCGACAGUAACAACUACCGACACGGAUGGAUUGUUGUGAAUCAGGAGCCGAAGUUUGUGGAUUCGCCAACCAUCAGUUGGUCUCGAUUAACUUUUUACCAAGAAUGUGCGUGCAAUUUUCGGAUCGAGUUUAAAAUUCUAUAUACAGAUCCUCCAGUUGUUCCGCGUAAUCGCAAGAAAAUUGAUCAUAAUGAAUGGAAAGAAAAAUCGUUCUGGAUACCAACGGGGGUAGUGGUAAUUGCGCUCAGUAUCUUAGUGCUGUGUGUUAUUUGUUCUUACUUUUAG